AUGAUUUACUGCCAGGUUGUGGACCCGAUGUUCUUGAUGACUGCAAUCCAAUUCGGAGUGCAAGGUGUGAAGGUGCCUCCAAAUGUUAUACAGAUUGCCGAAACUUAUCACAGGUGGACAGUUGCCUCUCUAAUGCUUAGUUGGUGCGCAAUAUCACUCGUGAAGUUCUUUUUUCUCGUCUUUUUCAAGAGGUUAAUCGAUCGUUUACGCCCGUGGCAAAUCUACUGGUGGAUUGUCUUCGGUUACAAUGUCGUUCUCGUUUCAUAUGGGAUCACUGUCUACUACGCAAGCUGUCCCUUCUGGGGUACCAAAGCACUCCAAUGUGCCACUGGAGUAUACAAGGCCAGCCUCGUUCGGUAUUCUGCGGCUCAGAUCUCCUUGGAUAUCGUGGGCGAACUUCUUAGAAUCAUCUGGAAGAUUCAGGUAGAUUGGAGACAGAAGUUGGUGCUAGCCUGCUCCCUCUGUCUGACAAUUGUCCUGGUCGCUUUAUCAAUCACUCGCGUCGCCGGACUCAAUUACAAGGGCUUCGUCGACUCAGUCUGGGAAACGUUCUGGCUAAUGAUGAGCGCUGAAUUAAGCGUCUUCCUGGCGGCAGCGAGUGCCUUCCGAGCCUUCUUCGUAGCACAACAACAAACCAAGGCAUACAAUCCUGGAUAUAACCAAGGGCUCAGAAGCCCCCAGGGUAAAGCGUAUGUCCGGUCAGACCCGAAGCAAAAUGGAAAUUCUUCCGAUGUUGAUUCAUAUCGCCGACUUAAAGAUCCCGAAUGGAAUGUCACGCGGUCAACUACUAUCUCGACUGAGACUGAAAUGGUUAGUAUACCUUAA